CUCACGCAAGCUCACUCCCAUUCUCUGGGCGUCGACCCGAGGGCGUUCAGAAUUUCCGCUCUGCAGUCUCACUCUCCAGCUCUCCAACGCUUGAUUCUCCAUGCAGGCAACACGCGGCGCUCCACCAGACGUCAUAUCAUCAUCAUCAAAUCCAAUCCGUUGCACGCGGUUACUCGCCGAACAAACUUUGCUCCAAUACUCUUUGGCUCUGCUCCAAUGCAUCAAGCUGAUCACUCACCUUCAGGAACCCAUGGUUCGAGAACAGGCUGGGCCUGCACCGCCCCAUCUAUCCACUCAUGCUUCACUCGACGCUAUGGAGCUCCGGUUCUCCCGCCCGCCAAGCUUGCGGAGCCCGCGGCCUUUCUUUGGGUCGCCAAGAUCCCGACCGCGCCGCGCGACGAAAAGGGCAGGGCGCGUACCGCGAUGAUCACCUGCUCGCCCUGCAUGCCGCAUUCUACUUGUUACAAGUAUCAACGUCGACGGGCGGGGUGUGGUUGUGGCGCGACACCUUGCUGUGGCAUUGACUUGUUCUGUAACCUCACCGUGCCCCCGCCGGAGGGCGGAGGAUCCUCACAGGCCCGCCCGCCCGGUUUAGGAUUAAUCCAACUGCCCCGGCCAUGGCGCGCGCAUUUAUUUCCUAUUGCUCAAAGCGGAGAGAGCGGGCAAAACUUUGAGAGAGG